CCAUUAUAAGCAUCGAACGGUGCACUUUGCAUCUCCACCAUACAAAGCCCUCGCCAACAGUUUGUUUGCUCGUUCUUGGUUGCCGUACGUGUCGCCAAUUCGCCAUGAACGUCCGUGUGCGAGUUCUGGAUGUUACCCAUGUCAGCCCGGAGGAAACCGCCAAUCGACCACGAGAUCACGCCGCGAUCAAGCUCUCCCCAUUCGACACCUUCAUUCUCGCACUCCCGCCGGUCCAGUUUAUCUUCUUCUACGACGACGAGAGCCUCCCACCAUUCCCGUCCCUCGUCAGCUCUUUGCGGACCUCCCUCGCCGCCACGCUCGCCUUGUUCGCCCCCCUUGCCGGCAAGCUCACUGCCUGCCCCAAUGACGAUGUCGUCGUCGACUGCUCCCCCGACGCCAUCCGACCCGGUGUCAAGUUCGUCGAGGCAGAGUACUCCGGCGACUCCGCUGACAUGCGCCGCCUCGCCCGGGACGCCGAGCACGAAACCGAAGCGUUCUUGCAGCUCGUGCCAGAGCUCGAGUUGGGCAGGCUGCCUGCCCCCGUGCUCGCUGUCCAGGUCACACGGUAGAUAGACGAAGGGGGAGGCACCGUGGUGGUUGGGGUGUCCAUGCACCACGCGGUGGCCGACGGGCUGUCAGUGUUGCAUUUUCUACGGGCAUGGUCUGCCGCGUCGCGGGAGGGAUCGACCACAGCGGCGGGGAUCGUGCCACCGACGUUUGACAAGACAAGGAUCCUGCAGCACCCCAAAGCAGAGACGUCGGCGCGGAUGUUCACCCGCCUCUCCGCGCCGGAUCUGCCCACGGUGAACAUGCUCCCGGAUCCGGACUGGACGCGGCAGAGCAGGAGGACCUACCUGCUCUCCGCCGGCCAAAUCCAGGCACUGAAGCGACGCAUCCUCGAGAGCCAAGCAGCCAAGAACGGCGACAACCAGCCGUCGCCGGAGCCCCCGACCACCUACGUUGCGCUCGCGGCGCUACUGUGGACAUCCAUUGCCAGGGCAGUGGACCGCCACGCCGAUGACGCCGACGAGAUGUACUUCCAGUUCCCCGCGGACUGCCGCCGCCGCCUGCGCCUCGAGCCCGGCUUCUUCGGUAACUGCAUCAAGGUCUGCUACGCACGUGCAACGGCUGGCGAAAUCUGCGGCAAUGACGGCGACCACGCGCUCGCAUCCGCAGCGGCGGCGGUCCGGAGGGCGAUCCGCGAGCAAAAGGAGGAGGAGGACCCGCUGGGCGACGCCGACCGGUGGGUGGAGAUCAACCGGGGCGUCCCGCAGGAGAGGGUCGCGAAGCAUUGGUCGAACGACCGGUUCAUGGCGUACGAGGUGGACUUCGGGUGGGGGCAGCCGAGCCGGGUGGAGGUCGUGUCCGUGUUCAGCCAAGAGAUGGCGACGCUUAUCGGAGCGCGGGACGGCGCGGUGCAGGUCUCCGUCGCGCUAGACCGGGAGUGCAUGGACGGCUUCGAGGCCACCUUCCUGUCGCAGGUUUCAGCAUCCAUGAUCGAGCACCAGAUGAAGUCUCGUAUGUGAUGCUAGUACUUAUCUGAGUCUGUGUUGUUCGCGUGACGACGAUAGCUCGUGUUUGUGUCACCGAGGACUCGGUGCUUUCACUUUUCCUCUGUUUGUUUCGUGUGCAAUAAAUGUCAUCCUUCUCGGUGCUAGAAAUGUCUUUA